GAGGAAAAGUGAGUCCCAGACCGCGAAAUAUGCCGAGUCCCGAGCCGCGAAACAUCCGUCGAGCAGAUUCGAUUGGACGGAUGGGCACGGAAAAUCCCCCGCGCCAGAGCCGCCAAAGCGUCGUCGGAUCGUCGCCUCGUGCGGCGGCAGCAUCAGGAAUAAUGCAUCGUCAUGAUCCUCGUCGCCGAGCCCACAAGCAGCAACGGGAGUGCACGGCGGCGGCGGCAGCGGCAGCAUCGAUCAGAAGCCGCGUGAGGAGAAGGAUCCGCACCCACGCGCACCGCAGGCGAUUCUCCCAAUCCGAGCGGUUCAGUGGUGGCAUGAGCUAAGCUACAGGAACUAGUUAUCCCUCCAGCCAUGUCUCAAAUCCAGAGCACCUCGAGGCAUAACAGCGUGCUCCUCGCCGUGCUAUGCAGGAAGUUUGCCGAGAAGCAGCAGACGCCGGCUCGCCUUGCACCCGAGCCGAAGCGGGUGCGCCGGUCGUAUCCCUUCCCGGAGCUUGUCUCAUCUGGGAGAUUGGAGGUGCACACGCUGAUUAAUCCCUCGGUGGAGCAAUUUAGAGAGGCGCAGCAGGCGGUGCAACCUAACUUGUUGUAUCUUCAGGGGCAGCAGCUUGAGAAUGAGGAGAUAGGUUCACUUGUCUGGGGCGAUACUGAUUUAUCUGACCUGCAGACGUUUAGCUCACUCAUCAGUCCACCAUUUCCCACCAUAGUUUAUUUGGAAGUUCCUAUAGGGGAAAAGCUUGCCCAGUCACUUCAUUCACAGGGAAUACCAUAUGUAAUAUAUUGGAGGAAUUCAUUUUCAAUGUAUGCAGCAUCUCAUUUUCGCCAGGCAUUAAUGUCAGUCAUUCAAAGUUCCUGCAGCCAUACAUGGGAUGCAUUUCAACUUGCACAUGCCUCAUUUCGACUGUACUGUGUAAGAAAUAAUCAUGUUCAAAGUGUUAAGCUUGGCCCUCGCCUACUUGGGGAUGCUCCAAAGAUAAAUAUCGUCCCUUCUGAGAAUGAAGUGGAUGAGGAAGAAGGUGGUUCUGAAGCUUCUCUUGCUAUAAAAAUACAUGAUGAAGAUGUGAACAUGAAAGUUCUUGUCUGUGGAUUGCCAUGUACCUUGGAUGCAUGUUUGUUGGGCGCAUUGGAGGAUGGUUUGAAUGCUUUGUUGAAUAUUGAGAUUCGUGGGAGUAAACUUCAGAACAGAGUCAGUGCUGCUCCUCCGCCUCUACAAGCUGAAACUCUUUCACAUGGGGUUGUCACAAUGCGCUGUGAUAUCACAACUUGCAGUUCUUCGCAUGUGUCACUUCUUGUUUCUGGUAGUGCUCAAACUUGUUUUGAUGAUCAGCUCUUAGAGAGCCAUAUCAAGAAUGAAAUUAUUGAGAAGAGCCAGCUAGUUCAUGCUCUAUCGAAUGGUGAGGAUAACAAGCCAUCUUCAGCUGAGCCUUUGUCUUCCAUGUGCUUGGCUUGUGGAGCUUCUACUUUUGAAGUCUGGAUGGCCCUGCCUAAAUGGGCAGCAAAGGUUUUGAAACAUCUUGCGCCAGAAAUCUCCUACAGAAGCUUGGUUGCACUUGGAAUUGCUUGUGUAAAUGGCACACCAGUGUCUUCAUUUGAUAGGCAGGAUGCAGAUCGUCUUCUUUUCUUUUGCUCUAACCAGUGCAAAGAUCAAGAUAUUCAAAAUGGUCCCUAUGCCCAUCUAUCACGAUGGUCGGCGUCCCUUACUAAGGAUAGAAUCACUGGAAGUCUCGAGUCAAAACAAAUUUCAUCUGGCACAAAUGGAGUUACAGAGGACAGGAAGCAUCUUACUGAAGGGUCUUCCCUAUCAUCGUUGAAGCCAAGGUUGAAGCCUGCAACAAUGAGACCCCUUCCCCACUCUCCCAAGCAACAAAUGCAUCUCUUUAUGGGUUUACCUCAAUCUAUCAUUCAUGAUGCUAGUCAAGUUAAGCCUAGCUUGCCAGCUCCUCCACCUGUAAAGCAUAGUGUGGUACCUGUUGUCCCAGCCACUCAAAGAAAAUCAUCAUAUGGGCCGCCACGUGUUCAACCAUCAGUUCCAUUGAUGAAUCCUCUGCCAAUGAAGAAACAUGGGUGCGAUCGGUUGCCUAUCCGUAUUUGCUCUGAAGGAGACUUCUUGAAAGAUGUCAUGCAGUUUCUACUUCAGAGGGGCCACACCCGACUCAUACCUCAAGGGGGACUGGCAGAAUUUCCUGAUGCAGUCCUAAAUACAAAGCGCCUUGAUUUAUAUAAUUUAUACAAAGAGGUGGUAUCCCGAGGUGGCUUUUAUGUAGGUAAUGGCAUAAAUUGGAAAGGUCAAGUCUUUUCAAAGAUGAGCAACCAUACAGUUACAAACAAAAUGACGGGUGUUGGGAACACACUAAAGAGGCAUUAUGAGACAUAUUUGCUGGAAUAUGAACUUGCACAUGAUGACGUCGAUGGGGAGUGUUGCUUGAUUUGCCACAGUAGUGCUCUGGGCGAUUGGGUGAACUGUGGGUUAUGUGGAGAAUGGGCCCACUUUGGCUGUGAUAGACGGCAAGGGCUGGGCACUUUCAAGGACUAUGCGAAGACAGAUGGGCUGGAAUACAUUUGCCCCCAGUGUAGCCUUGCGAAAAACAAGAAGCCACCACUUCCCGUUAGAGUAGGCAAUGGCUUUGUGGCAUCAGCAGAUUCUGCACCAUGAUUUGUUAAUUAAUUAACCUAUCUUUUUCCCCCUUUCCCCUUGGCCUUUUGUCCCACUUUUUUUUGGGGUGAUGGUUUGGGUAGAGAGAAUAUUGGCUGAGCAUGUGUAGUGUAAUCAUCGGCAACACAUGAAGUUCAAAUUAUAUAUAGCUUGUAAUUCUCGGCAAGACAUGAAGUUCAAAAUUAUGUGAUCAGAUCACUUCCGAGCCAAUUGAAUCUGCGCGCAUUUGAUUAGUAAUAUAUUGGUAACCACGAAAGUUU